AUUCUCUCUCUCCUCCUCCUCUCGGUGAGUCUCUAGGUGAGUCAAAAGCAGCCCAGAAUCAGGAAGUAGGAUGCCGUGACAAACAUUAGUAGGCAGAAGGAAAUGGGCACCAGCACCACACAAUGUCACUAUGUCUGCUGCUGCUCCUGUCCAUGGUAACACAAGGACGAGAGGGAGGAGAGGCCACAGGGAAAUGACCCCAUCGUCGAUCAUGUUGCUGCUGGCUCUGACAGCCUGCCUGGCGGGGACUGUGUUCUGCCAGGGUGAGGAGGACACAAGUACUGUUGAAGAAACACAAACAGAAAAUGAUGCCGGGUUCUCAGUGAUCCCACCUGUAAGUGAUGCUACCCCUACACCAGACUCAUACCUAUCAUCUGAGAGUCCUUCAGAGGGAUAUGAGACUGAAGCUGAAGCUGGUUCUGGGUUCAGUCCAGGUGUCAAUUUAGAAGGGGAGGAUCAGUCUGAAGCACCACUGGAGGACAGUCUGAGUCUCACCUUCGUCCUGGUUCCUGUUGUGCUGGUGGUCGUGGUAAUCGCCAUGGUAGUGGGCGUAGUCAUAAUCAACCGCAGAUGGAAUCGGAAAGGAACGAGACAUUCUGAUAACGUAGAAGAGGAUAAAUAUUUGCAUGGUAGCGAUGACACAGAAAAAGUUCCAAUGCCCAUGUUUGAGGAUGAUGUCCCCUCUGUGUUGGAGCUGGAGAUGGAAGACCUGGAACACUGGAUGAAUAAAGAUGGUGGAGUUCGAAUGGACUCUGGACAAGGGAUCUAACAUGAUAUCAUGGCUAGUCCCUAAAGAGUCACGGAGUCAGUCAAUUCUCUCUCUCAACCGUCCUCAUGCUGUACUGCCGGUGACAAAGGACAUUUCCCCAUCGCAGGGAAGGACAUUCUGUUACCCAGCCGCACUGUAGGCUUCGUCUAUUCAUGUCAAUGUCAAAGCAACGUCAUCAACCGACCACAUUGACAACAAGAAAGCAACACCUCCUCCAAGGUGGCUGCAAAAAACAGGAAAUGCUGAAUUUAUUUUCCAUUUCAGCAUAAACAAAAGACAAGUAACAAUAAAUGCACAAGUUAAACUUUUUUAGACCGUAACAUCUUAAAAUCUGCGCACUCCACCGUCAAAUGUACUGUGGUAUAGACUCUAUGGAGAAACAGUGUGUGGCAAUAGUCCUUUCACUACACGGAUCCUGAUUGUGGUCGGCCUAAUAAUGAAUGCUUUUUGCAACGCCAUCAACUCAGUACAGUGCCUUUUUAGUCAUUGUUUCAAGUUCAUAUACACUUUUUAUGUGAUUGUUUUAUUGUCUUUUGUAUUCAGCUGUCAUGCAGUGAGAGAGGGAAUCAGUGAGAGAGGGAAUCAGUGAGAGAGGGAAUCAGUGAGAGAGGAAGGAGUAAAACACAGGAGGUUGGUGGCACCUUUAUUGAGGAGGACAGGCUCGGGGUAAUGGCUGGAAUGGUAUCAAAUGCAUCAGACACUUGGUGUCCAUGCGUUUGAUGCCAUUCCAUUCGCUCCGUUCCAGCCAUUAUUAUGAGCUGUCCUCCCUUCAGCAGCCUCCUGUGGAGUAAAACAUGUAAAACUAUUGCUGAAAGCAGGUGUCGGUAGCCAUGUUCUGACACCCAGACAACAAUAUCAGGACUUGACCUCCAAAGAUCCUACAGGCCCUCCCCUUUACAACAUAAACACAUAUUCCAUGCCCACAGUAAAGCCAGACCAGAUGGUAUAUACCCUUAUUCCAACGGCCAACUGACCCAGUCCCAUGAUAGAUAUGAUGGCUCUAACCCAGUCCCAUGAUAGAUAUGAUGGCUCUAACCCAGUCCCAUGAUAGAUAUGAUGGCUCUAACCCAGUCCCAUGAUAGAUAUGAUGGCUCUAACCCAGUCCCAUGAUAGAUAUGAUGGCUCUAACCCAGUCCCAUGAUAGAUAUGAUGGCUCUAACCCAGUCCCAUGAUAGAUAUGAUGGCUCUAACCCAGUCCCAUGAUAGAUAUGAUGGCUCUAAGCCAGUCCCAUGAUAGAUAUGAUGGCUCUAAGCCAGUCCCAUGAUAGAUAUGAUGGCUCUAAGCCAGUCCCAUGAUAGAUAUGAUGGCUCUAACCCAGUCCCAUGAUAGAUAUGAUGGCUCUAACCCAGUCCCAUGAUAGAUAUGAUGGCUCUAAGCCAGUCACAUGAUAAAGAUGAUGGCUCAACAAAUGUUUAUGCUAAAGACUGGCUAGUGUCUCCUCCUCUGCUUUGCUCUGUCCCUUCUGGUUGUAGUAUACAGACUGCACGUGGAUCUAUCUCUGUCUCUCUUUCACUCUCUCUCUGUCUCUCUUUCACUCUCUCUUUCUCUGUCUCUCUCUCUGUCUCUUUGUCUCUCUCUGUUUCUCUCUCUCUGUCCCUGUCUCUCUCUCUGUCUCUCUUUCACUCUCUCUGUCUCUCUUUGUCUCUCUCUGUCUCUCUCUCUCUCACAAACUCUUACUCUAAUUACGAAACCCUGCCUAUUGUUUUAUGCAUGAGAUAACUGAGAACUGCUGGUACACUGCUUUGCUUUGGUUCAUGGCCAUCACGCAAUGCUAAAGCUGUUUAGAAUUCAAGAGCGAGGAGGGAAGGUAAUUUCUGAGAGUCUGAGAUAUUUUCACAGAGUUCAAAUUUCAGUUGGGUUGUUGUAUACAGUGACUGUCUUGUGAUGUUUUGUUUUCCCUGAUUUUCUUUGAGAAACAGUAUUUCACAAUUACUGUCAUUCCUUCCUAAGCAUGUCAUUCCUUUUGAUGGUACAAUGUCUUUCAUUGGUUGAAUAUGUUUUUCCUCCAAUGAUAGUGGUGUUGUUGAUAUGCAAUCUGAAUCUACAAAUUCUCGUCACAUCGAUGUAUAAAUGUUUUGCUCAGCUCUACGUGACAGGCAGUAUUUUGCAGUAACUUUCAUUGUAAAUAUCUGGAAGAUAUUUUUUUUUAGUCACGUGUAUAUUUUUUAAAUGUGUAAAUUGUGCUUGAUUUGAUACAAAUAUUGAUAUUUGCUUAUGGUCAUUGGAGUGAAUUUGGUCCCUCAAUCUCUGUUAGGUUCUCAUAUUUGUCAGUAAUCCAAGUGUUACAGCAGUAGUUAUUGUAAUAAUUUCAACAAGUAACCAACUGUCCGGCCAAUACAUUUGCAUAUUUGUAAAUCAUCAAUAAAUCUGUGACGUGCUAA